GCGUAGUCCCUUCUGUGCUUGGCAUGAUGCCUUAUCUAUAGCUCAGAGCUCUUCAGGCAAUAGUCUCUUCGAGGCUGCCUUCAGUGUAAUCUUACGAAACGAUCCGCAGGGACGGGAGACUUAGCAUUCUCUGGUUAAGUCAGGCUUGAAGAUUAUACAAGCAUAUAUCUACCUGAGUGGAAACGUGUGGAAACAUUUCCAGACUGCUGUAUUAGAAACGAUGUUAGUCUGGCAGACUUCACACCCGCUGAUGGCCAGUCAAGCUUGUAAUUUGCGCCCACCAGAGGAAAGAAGACCACUGAAGUUCAAUGAAUCACGCAUACACGAGGUCGGCGGUGACUCCGUCUAUCUAGGAUUAUUGCUCAGCUUCAGUCAUGGUGUGAGAAAGUCGUGCUCAGAGAAGGUUGGAGACCUAGUCGAGCAGCUGCUAAAGCUGUCUUUCCAUGAGCCUGACUGUAGCUUCUUGUUUGGCACAACCUCGAAUGAGAUGAGGAUAGACUCCAGCGAGUUUCGUCGUCAUUUAUCAUCGCAAGCCCAUGUAACUGGUCUAUGGAUCUGCGAGACGGACCAAUAUCGACGGUGGCACGAUGCACCGGAUCAUGGGAGUUUGUGGAUCAAGGGAGUGCUAGGGGCUGGUAAACCCGUCAUCGCUGCGUCCCUAGUACAGCACUUGCGUACUACUGAAGAUGUUCCGGUCUCGUUCAUUUUCUUUCGAAACAUUGUCGCAGCCAACUUCUCGCCACGUUCCUUGUUGCAGGACUUGUUGGCUCAGCUUCUCCCUCAUUCAGAAUUCAUGCACUGGACGAAAUGGCCUCCGAGGACAGCUUUUUCUUGA